GAAGUCAGCGCGGCCUCAGCUGCGGGGAGCCGGCGCUCGCGGUCAUGGUGCGCUGCGGGUGGGCGUUGUUGAGGAAGUAUGGCAGUUUCAUUGAUAAUGUAAGACUUUUCACCAAAGGUGGAUGUGGCGGAAUGGGUUACCCUCGCUUAGGUGGAGAAGGUGGAAAAGGUGGAGAUGUCUGGGUUGUGGCCCAUAAAAAAAUGACUUUAAAACAACUCAAAGCGAAAUAUCCUCAGAAACGGUUUGUGGCUGGAGUAGGAGCCAACAGUCGGGUGAGUGCACUAAAGGGCUCCAAAGGAAAAGACUGUGAAAUCCCUGUACCUGUGGGCAUUUCAGUAACUGAUGAAAAUGGCAGAAUUAUAGGAGAACUCAUUAAAGAGAAAGACAGAAUUUUGGUAGCUGAAGGUGGCCUUGGUGGUAAAUUAAUCACAAAUUUCCUACCUUUGAAAGGCCAGAAACGAGUAAUUCACCUUGACCUAAAAGUUAUAGCAGAUGUAGGCUUAGUGGGAUUCCCAAAUGCUGGAAAAUCAUCUUUACUCAGUCGGGUUUCUCAUGCAAAACCUAUGAUUGCAGAUUAUGCAUUUACAACAUUAAAGCCUGAACUUGGAAAGAUUAUGUACAAUGAUUUCAAGCAGAUAUCAGUAGCUGACCUCCCAGGUUUGAUAGAAGGAGCACAUAUGAACAAAGGAAUGGGCCACAAAUUCCUCAAGCAUCUAGAAAGAACCAGACAAUUGCUUUUUGUUGUUGAUAUUUCUGGAUUUCAGCUUUCUUCCCAAACUCAGUAUAGAUCUGCAUUUGAAACCAUAAUGCUGCUUACAAAAGAGUUGGAGCUAUACAAGGAGGAACUUCAGACAAAACCUGCACUUCUGGCAAUUAAUAAAAUGGAUUUGCCAGAUGCCAAAGUUAAAUUUUGUGAGUUGAUGGAACAACUCCAGAAUCCUGAGGAUUUUCUGCAUUUGUUUGAAAAAAGCAUGAUCCCAGAGAAGACUAUGGAGUUCCAACAUAUCAUCCCCAUCUCAGCAGUGACUGGAGAAGGAAUUGAAGAAUUAAAGAACUGUGUAAGGAAAUCACUGGAUGAACACAAUAGCCAAGAAAACAAUGCAUAUCAUAAGAAACAGUUGCUUGAUUUGCAGACUUCCAAGUUCAUGUCUUACAGUAGGCUACCAUCAAAGCAUGCUAUUACUGCUUCAAGAAAAGAUGUGAUCUAAACAUAGUAAAAUAUUACUGAUAGAAUACUAUUUGGUCCUAACAAAAGGAAAUAAUGCUAUUUUUGAAAACAUGGAUGAGUCUGGAAUACAUUAUGUUUACAGAAAUAAUCUAGGCACAGAAAGGCAAAUAACCACAUAACCUUACUUGGAUGUGGAGUCUCAAAAAAAAAAAAAAAAGAGCUGGUAGAAGCCCAGAACUAUAUUGGUUAUUAAGGGUGAGGAAAUGGAGGCUAGAGACAUAGUCACAAGAUGGAAAGCCAGGCAUGGUGGUGCACGCCUUUAAUCCCAGCAUUUGAGAGGCAGAGGUAGGAGGGUCACCAUGAGUUUGAGGCCACCCUGAGAGUACAGAGUGAAUUCCAAGUCAGCCUGGACUAGAGUGAGAAAAGAAAAAGAUGGAAAGUUUCAAUUAGUAUCAAUAAGUUCUGGAGGUCUAUAACAGUUUAUCAAAGUUGAUGAGAAAGUAGUUGGUUUUUUUUUUUUUUGAGGCAAGCCCAACAGACUGGCCUUUUUUUUUUAAUGUGAAUGAGAGAGAGAGAGAGAGAGAAUUGAUGAACCAGGUCCUCAAGCUACUGCAGUCGAAUUCCAAACGUGUGUGCCUGUGCCACCUUGUAUGCUUGCGUCACUUUGUGCAUCUGGCUCAUGUGGGACCUGGAGAGUCAAACAUGAGCCCUUAGGCUUCACAGGCAAGCACCUUAACCACUAAACCAUCUCUCAAGCCUGAGAAAAUAGGUUUUAAAGUGUUCUCACCAUGCACACGUGCACACACACACACACACACACACACACACACACACACACAAAAAAAAAAAAAACCCUGAGAAUAUGCACUGUUAGCUAGCUUGAUUGAACCAUUCACAUGAUGUAAUAAACUUUAUGUCAAUUAAAAAUGGCAUUGAGCCGGGCAUGGUGGUGCACGCCUUUAAUCCCAGCACUCGGGAGGCAGAAGUAGGUGGAUCACUGUGAGUUUGAGGACACCCUGAGACUACAUAGUUAAUUCCAGGUUAGCCUUGGCUAGAGUGAGACCCUACCUCGAAAAACCAAAAAAAAAAAAAAAAAAGGCAUUGAAAUUGCAUUAAUUUCAUAACUUUCCAUAUUGUAGUCAGAAGGUAUGUGUGUCAUUCAAGAAGAUAAAAUCUAUUAAUUCCUGCUUGACUAUUUGAAAGAUACAAAUAGUUUUAUUAUAAUGUAUACAUAGUCACUAUAA